AUGGGUUCCAUGCCAGCUACCUGGACGCGUUUUGUGCGAUUCAUCUCAACAGACGACCGAGAAUUGUGUGGAGAGCCAAUUGAUCAAGAUGUUGAUGUCGGUUUGGCCAUCGCCGCAGGCCAGUCAGUCGAGGUCCGCUUGCUUGACCGUCCGUCUGCGGUAGACGAAAGCCAAUUCACCGGCCAGACUGCAUUCAUCAAGACGCUCCUGUCGCCACUCUCACCCCAAGAGGUCGCUACCAUCCGCUGUAUCGGCCUCAACUUCAAAGACCACGCAGCAGAGCUCAACUGCCCCCUCCCCAGCAUCCCUGAAGUCUUCACCAAGCCCUCUACAACCCUCACAAACCCGUCCUCGCCCAUAAUUCUGCCCAGCUCAGCGCCAGAUAUGGUCGACGCAGAAGUCGAACUCGCCAUUGUGCUCGCCCGAGACUGCAAGAACGCCAGGCGUGAAGAUGCAGGGCGUUACAUCUUGGGGUACACAGCCGCCAACGAUGUGACUGCCCGUGAUGUCCAGUCCAAGACCUCGCAAUGGGGAUACAGUAAGGGUUUCGACGGAUUCUGUCCCCUCGGACCCUGCCUGGUCAGGAGUGAGCUGUUUACUGAUGUCAACCGGGGCGUGUGUCUCAAGUCAACCCUCAACAGCGAGGUGCUACAAGACGGGAAGACGGAUGAAUUCAUCUUCUCUGUGGGUGAAAUAAUUGAGCAUCUCUCAAGGGAUAGUACCCUACCAAAAGGCACGGUGAUAUUGACCGGAACACCAUCGGGUAUUGGUCAUGGGAGGAAGCCCCCGCGGUAUCUAAAGGCUGGCAGUGAUCUGCAGAUCACCAUUUCCCAUGGCAUCGGCACGCUCAAUAACCCGAUCGUGUCAUCUAUCAAGCUUUAG